AUGUCUGACUCCCAGACUAUCAACAUUGGCUUCAAAACAGAGAAGCCGUUUGUACCGCUGUACGUGAGCAGAAGAGAUACGAUCCUUGGUUCUAUCGUCUUUGGUUUUUUCCUGGGCUUUGUUAUCGAAGUUACAUGGCGUGCUGUGUUAGAGACUAAACGAGCGAGCAGAGUCUCGGGAUAUAUUGUCAUGCUCUGGCUUGCAAUUACUGCGAACACAACCUAUGCGGUCAUAGCUUGGUGUUAUCUGCAGAAGUUUAUCCCCCCUAAUAUUGGGGUUUUUCUUACUUGCAUUAUUUGUUGGAUUUUCCAAGUUCAAUGUCUGAUGCUCAUCAUUGUCAACCGAUUGUGCAUCAUAAUUCAGAAACCGUCUGAGAGACUCAAGCUGAAGCUUGUGGUUGUCGGCAUUGUCUCUUUGAUAUCAAUAUCUACGUCUUGCAUAUGGAUACCCGCUCAGUUACAGAUUAAUUCCCACUAUAUGAGUUUGAAUCACUGGUGGGACAAGUUUGAAAAGGCUAUCUAUCUUCUGCUGGAUCUUUCGUUGAACGUUCUCUUCAUUCGCAUGGUAAAAAGCCGCCUUGUCGACCACGGUUUGACAAAAUACGAUAGAGUCAUGCGCUUCAACCAGCGUAUCAUCGUCGUUUCCAUUGGGAUGGAUAUUCUUCUCAUGAUCGCCACGACUCUUAAGAAUCCCUUUGUGUAUACCCAGUUUCAUCCUGUCACGUACAUCGUCAAACUCCAGAUCGAGAUAUCCAUGUCGCGUCUUCUCAUCAAGGUCGCGCGUUCAACCGGUAUCAACGUAUACAACGAAGAGAAAGGCUACUCGGAUAGCAUCGGUACAACUAGCCAAACCCAAACACAGAGGACACAGGGAACGAUCGCUGUCAAUAUCACGACCCAAGUUCACACCCAGCAUGACCCCGAAAUACAGGAGGAGUAUGAAAUGUCUGACACUCAUCACAAGGACGAUCAGAGAGAUGAAGCAUUCCUUAGUUUGUCAUCUGUAGACAAGAUAGCUGGUGACGAGAGGUGUGCAAAUGAUAGUGAUUCACUGUAA